AUGACGGUGGAAGAGUUUGUUUACAAGACUUUGGAACUUCUUCAGGAGGAGAGAGAGGCAGAGAUACAGGAGACAAGACUGUAUCAGGAGAAUGUGUCCCUGAAGGAGCUGCAGAGUAAAGGCGUGUGUCUCCUGAAGCUGCAGGUGAAGUCUCAGUCCACCGGUCUCUAUGGACGCACCGUGGUGGUCUUCGAACCCAGGAAACAUGUGGCUGCUCUGCCCAGCAACGGCUUCAGUCCAGGAGACAUUCUGGGCCUGUACGACAGUGGAGGCUGCAGUGCUGCGUCUCAGCUCGGCUCUGGGAUCGUGACUCGAGUCUCUCAGUCUGCGGUCAGUGUGGCGUUUGACGACGGCCUCACGGUGGACAGCGACUCUCUGUACAACCUCCUGAAACUGGCCAACGACGUCACGUACAAACGCAUGAAGAAUGCUUUGAACCUGUUGAAUGGCUACAGUCACGGACCUGCGGGCGCGCUCAUAAACGUCCUGUUUGGAGAUUCUCAACCAUCAUCCAUGAGAACCAAGUGUGAUGAAAUAAAACUCUUGAACCCGAACCUGGACGAGUCUCAGAGAGAAGCCGUGUCUUUCGCUCUGUCCCAAAAGGAGCUGGCGAUAAUCCACGGUCCUCCGGGAACCGGGAAAACCACCACCGUCGUCGAGGUCAUUCUGCAGCUCGUUAAACUGGGAAACAAGGUGCUGUGUUGUGCGGCCUCUAACGUGGCCGUAGAUAACCUGGUGGAGAGACUGGCCCAGUGCAAGUCCAGGGUGGUGCGUCUGGGUCAUCCCGCUCGGUUACUGGAGUCGAUUCAGAAACACAGUCUGGACGCGGUGCUCGCUCACAGCAGCAGCAGCAGCAUCAUCACCGACAUCCGCCACGACAUGGACCAGGCCCUGAUGGCGAUGAAGAAGAACAAAGGAGAACGCAGCGAUCUGAAAAGGGAAAUGGGAGAACUGAGAAAAGAGCUGAGGACCCGAGAAGCCGCCGCCAUCUCAGAGAUUCUGAAAACAGCUGACGUGGUUCUGGCCACAAACACAGGUGCCUGUGGUGAGGGGCCCCUGAAGCACGUGGCCCUUGAUCACUUUGACGUGGUGGUGAUAGACGAGUGUGCCCAGGCUCUGGAGGGCAGCUGCUGGAUCCCUCUGCUCCGCGCCCCCAAGUGUGUCCUGGCGGGCGACUACAAACAGCUGCCCCCCACCAUCAAGUCCCAGAGUGCUGCCUCCAAAGGCCUGGCCCUGAGCCUGAUGGAGAGGCAGGUGCAGCUGUACGGACCCGCAGUGUUCCGGAUGCUGACGGUUCAGUACAGGAUGAACCGUGACAUCAUGGACUGGGCGUCGACACAGAUGUACGAGAGCCGCCUCCGCGCUCACGCCUCCGUCCAGGACCAUCUGCUGCGAGACUUGGCCGGAGUGACCAGCGGAGAGGAGACGGACACCCCCCUGCUCCUGAUCGACACGGCGGGAUGUGGACUCAACGAGACCGAGGACCCAGACGAGCUCUCCAAAGGGAAUCCAGGUGAAGUGGACGUAGUGGAGCUGCACAUCAAGGCCCUGACGGAGGCGGGAGUUCAAGAUAAAGACAUCGCAGUUAUCGCUCCCUACAAUUUACAAGUGGACCUCCUGAGGCAGAGGCUCUCUGCUCGACACCCACAUCUGGAGAUCAAGUCUGUGGAUGGAUUUCAGGGCCGAGAGAAAGAGGCUGUGGUUCUGUCUUUGGUCCGAUCCAACAGGAAAGGUGAAGUCGGGUUCCUGUCGGAGAACCGCAGGCUGAACGUGGCGGUGACUCGAGCCCGGCGCCACAUCGCGGUGGUGUGCGACACUCAGACCGUCCAGACCCACCCUUUCCUCAAGUCUCUGGUGGAUCACAUGACCCGGCGAGGACAGGUCCGCACCGCCUUCGAGUAUCUGCCCGACAUCGUCCCUCAGAACUACACUCGAGAAAGCAAGGACGCCAAACCAAAAGCAUCCGCAAAGUCCACCUCAGCGGGAGAGAAGGCGAGAGAGAGACCCCAAAGAGAGAGAGCAGAGCGGAGGAAGACCGAGGCAGGAAGUGAGAGCGAUUCUAAACCUCUCACUAAGAACCAGGAUGAAAGCAGAUCUGUGGACAUCAGGAAGCAGCUGGAGGCGUUCAAGGAGGACGCUACGCAAACUCUACUUCAGUUUCCACCGUCACUGAAUUCUCACGACCGAAUGUUGGUGCACAAGUUCUCUGAGGAACUGGGACUGCAGCACGAGAGCAGAGGAGAGGGGAAAGACCGCUAUCUGAAGAGUCUUCAUCUGGAGCGAAUGAAACGGGAGCAGCAGAAACGUGAGGAGAACGCGAAGCAGAAGAAACAGCCUCAGAGCAAAAAGACGAAAGCUAAGAAGCAGACGAAGGCGGGAGUGAGUGAGAUCGCGGCCUCCUCCUCCGCAGACACAGACCUGGACUCGCUCCUCUCUGCGGUGGCGAAGGCUGAGAGCGUCUGCAGCUUCAUCAGGUGCAAGGCCUCGGUCCUGACGCUCGGACAACUCUGUGGGUUCUGUAGGAGGCAGUUCUGUCUCAGCCAUCACAUCCCAGAGGUCCACGGCUGCGGGGACAUGGCCAAGUCUCACGCCAGGAUGAGGAUCAGUAAAGAGGGAGUGCUUUUUGCCGGCAGCGGGAAAAAGGACAAUUCAAUGGACCCCAAUAAGAAAGCAUAUCUGCACAGGAAGCUGGACUCUAAACUCAAGGAUCUGGCAACGCAGAGGAAGACCAAGAGCAAAGAGAAGGAGGGUUAA